AUUCUAGCUCUCUCACGCACGACGCAUACACACUCCACCGAUUUCCUCUCUGACCUUUGUUUCUUUCUCCCUAGCUAGCUUCCAACAAAAACACACAGAUACAGAGCAUCCAGCACUUACAUCCUCUGUUGAUUUCCAAUAACAUCAAUAAUAUCUUCUCCAUUGGCAAGCUGCAACAGCAAGAAGAAGAUUGCGUUACGUUAGCCUCCAUAAGUGGGUUUGAUUCCGUUUGGGUUUCUAAAUCAAUCGCGUAUAGUGCGUUUGAAUACCAAAACAAGAAGAAAAAAAACUCUGUCUAUCUCUCUGGCUUGUGCUUCUUCACUUCACGCUCACGGUGAUAUGUUUAUUAUUGAUAUCUAGCUAGUUCUGACUUAAUUCUCCGGCUGUCAAACAAGUACUGAAUGGCAGAAAUUCCUAAGCUUAAGCUGGAUUUGCCAUCCUGUUCUUCGGAAGACAUAGACGACGACGCAUUUGCCGAGAAACCCGAUAGCUUUGUGAUUGAUAUGGACGCCUUCUCUUCCUCUUCCAAAGAUAACACCACCAAUGCCAAUGCUAAUUCCAGAAUUACCAGGAGCCAUUCCAGGAAAGGAUUACAGCGUGGGGGCGACAGGAAGGUGAAUGGCAAUGCUACACUUCUUGAUGAUACCGUCCCUCUUUUAUGCUCUCCAAAAGGGCCUUGCACGCCAGAAAAGUCUGCGGUGAUGGCAGUAGGGUCAUUGGAUCACGUUCAUCAUGAGAUUACUAUUACAGCCAGCAACAUGAGUGGCACCACCAGCAGUGAAAGCAAAUGCAUUACUCGGAGAAAUAGUUUCAGAAGACCUUCUUCAUGGGCACUUGAUCCGAAAAGGGUUCUACUUUUCUUUGCCACCUUGUCAAGCAUGGGAGCAAUGUUGUUGAUAUAUUUCACUCUUACAAUCAGUAGGGAAAGCGUAGAUGAUUGGACGCAGUGAAUGACUGAAGCAGCAGGUACACAACACAAUCCGAUAAAAGGACAUGUUCCAAUCAAUCCCAGAUUUGGAGCAAAAUUUAGAAAGAAGAAGUUGAGGUAUAUUUAGCAAAAACUAACCAAAUUCCAAUCACCUUGAUGUUGGAAUAAGUUAAAGUAUGCUUUUGGGCGUCACGGUCACCUCUUCACCACUAUCAUCUCAUUUGUUGAAAUACAUGUGAUUUCCAUUAAAAAUGUGGAUCUCACUUUCAAUUUAGUGGCACUUACAUGAUAUGAGUUUCAAUCAAUUAAUGAGAGAGUGUUGCUAGGACUAGUCAUGCCACAAAGAUGGGGAAGGAGUGUUCAUUUUCAUAUGAAUUAAUUAAUGGAAGACAACAAGUGAUCACA